AUCAUCUAAUAGACAAAAAAUGGAUUGCUCCGAUAUGUAUACUGAUAUAGACAAUACAAUUGAUCCUGAUCAAGCAGCAAAAUGCUCAACUACAAGAAACAGAAAAUUUUGUCAAAUUGAACCAAAAUAUAAGAACCCUGAAAUCCAAGAACUAAACGAGCUGUCGAUUGAUGACGAAUGGAAAAAUUGCAAGAAACCACAAGGCCAUUGUGGUUUCCUCCCCUGGCAGAAAUUUCUAGAAGAUCCAAAGUCACAUCUGUGUAAAGCUGGGAUAAAUGAUGAUGCCACAACAGUUGAAUCAUCAUUAAAACAUCUGGCGCUCUUGUUGUAAGACUUCGUGUUGGUUUUGUUAGUGGAGAUAGACCUGAAGAGUUGUAUAAGUCACUGUUUAAACAUCGUGAAACAGAAUUUAACAGGAAGUGGAGCUGUGAUCCACACAGAGCCCUCAAUUGAAAAAUGUCGAUGUUAUAAGUGUAGCAAGUCAACUGAGAAGACGACAACAACAUGGAAUGUUUACAUAUCUACAG